AUGUAUAAGAUGGAUUACUCCUACCUGAACUCCUAUGACUCCUGCAUGGCGGCCAUGGAAGCGUCGGCCUACGCGGACUUCAGCUCGUGCAGCCAGGCCAGCUCCUUCCAGUACAACCCGAUCCGGAGCGGACCCUUCUCCAACCCGGGCUGCACCCCGCUCAGCACGGCCAGCUGCACCCUGGGAGCCCUGCGGGAGCACCAGCCCACACCUUACUCCUCAGUCCCUUACAAGUUUUUCUCGGACCCCUCCGGCCUGAACGAGAAGAGAAAGCAGCGGCGCAUCAGGACCACCUUCACCAGCUCCCAGCUGAAGGAGCUGGAGCGGGUCUUCGCCGAGACGCACUACCCGGACAUCUACACCCGAGAGGAGCUGGCGCUGAAGAUAGACCUGACCGAGGCGCGGGUACAGGUUUGGUUUCAGAACAGGCGUGCCAAGUUUCGUAAGCAGGAGCGUGCAGCCAACGCCAAAGCCAACAGCUCUGGUGGCACCACAGGCAGCAGCUCCAGCAGCAGCUCUGGAGGGAAGAAGGGCGGGGAGCUGAGAUCUUCAUCCGAUGAUGACGAGUCCAAAGAAUCCACCUGCAGCCCCACACCUGACAGCACGGCCUCCCUGCCCGGCUCUGCCAAUGGAAACCUGGGCAGCCCUGCCAGCCUGAGCCCCAGCCCGGCUCCUGCCAACAACGGCUAUGUUAACACCUCCAGCUCUCCGGUCCUCCAAGGGCUGAAGCCGCCCAGCUGGUCCAGCCUGGGGCCGUCCAACCCGGCCGUGGCCCAGCCCGCUGCCCAGACUCAGGAGAUUCUGAAGGCCUGGCAGCCGGCGGACAGUAUGACCGGGCCCUUUGCCGGAGUCCUGUCCUCCUUCCACAGAAAACCCAACCCCGCCAUCAAGACGAAUCUGUUCUGAAGCACAGAGGAAGAGGAAAUGAGAAACAAACUGUCGACUGGAGCAGCGAGGACUUUCUAGCUUUUGUUGAGAGUCAGGACUUACCCAUUAUAACAGUGAAUUCACCGGUGCAGUCAGAGGCCCUCUGUUACUCUCCAAAAAACUAUCCUCUCAACCUGAUUCAAAGCUCAGAUAGUAAAGUCAAAGGUCUGAUCACCAUGUCUCACCCCAAAUUAUUAUGCAACUGCACCUGCAAAACUCUGGACAUGGUCAGUUUUCUUCCAGCGAUGAAUCACUUUCACCCCAAAAUCACUCUCCCUCAGACAAAACUCAAUUUCAUGAUGCAACACUCUGCAUGUACAGACCCUUAAACGUCACUGUCAAAAGGAUUUUAACCAAAUCAGAUCUGCUUGGACUGAUAAACAUAUCAGACACACAUUCAUACCCAGCCUUUGUCUUUUCUUGCUAACUUAAACUCACAUUCCCACACUCGCUGCAUUGCAUCAGAGCCACAGCACUCUGAUGAGCAUGGCAGUCAGGUACGAGUUUAAAGCAGAAAUCUAAACAUCACGCUCCAGUCUCUGCUGGGGAAACAAAACAAACUUUUACCCUCAAGCACAACUUCCUCUAAGCUCCCCUGACACACAGAACAGGGUCCCCCCCCUAAGUCUCUUUGCCGAGCAGAGCAGGGCACCCCAAAAUCCAAUUAGAGCCUCCGGGUCCAGACCAGACACCUCCCCAAGUUCAUCCCUUCUUCCUCCUUCUUUACUGUAUCCAGUCCUGACUCCCCUGCUCUCAUCCUCAAUGUGAGCCCUCGCCUCAACUCCCCCCCCAGCCUUCACUCUCUCUGCCCCAUCAUGCCUUUCUCUACCAAACAGUGGGCACUUUGUUAAAAGUCAGCAAGGAAACACAGAUGGAGAACUUCCCUGCCCUGGUCUUUGGGUGGAGGGAGGUGAGAAGAUAUACGCAGAGCAGAGAGUAACCCACAAAUAUGUCAAUCUAAGUAUAACUGACUUAUACUGUUGGUACCACAACUGGUUUCUCACUUUUUGGUGAUUCUUCUGCUGGACUGAUGGGAGCCAAAUGAGUUUGUGUGCUUCAGUCUGAUGGUACGAACUCUAUCGGACUUACAACUCAUCCUCCACUCUGACUCUUUCAUCAGUUUCUUCAUAAACUCUCACACAGCUGACAAAUAUGGGACGAUCUUUCUCAGAAAUGCAACGCAAGCUGGCAAUAUAGAGAGAGAUGCAGGCUGUUACUGGAGUUUUCAACUGUAUGUCCAUCAAUACUCUGAUUUUGUUCCUGUUGACCUCCAUCUUUUUUUUUUUCAAAAAAGGCAAAAGAAGCAGCCGUUUGUACUUUCUCUGACCUUGCAAAGUUGCUUGUGUAUCACCUCUGUUUCAUUUUGUAGCAAAAACACUGAAACAAGACUGAUUUCAGAGCUGACUUUUUGAAGAGGGUUUACUCUGGAAAUCUACUCGAAAAGGGAUGAAAAAAAAAACAUGUAUUUAUUAAUAUUCUUUAUUAUGUCGGUGAGGAAACCCACACAUUUAUUUGAACUGCUCCAUGAGAUUUUGUGACUGUAAAUUCCGUAAUUAGUAAUAUAAAUAUUAGGUAGCCCUUUGUUUCUUUUCUCUCACAUUGCUUUACAGAUUUAUUUCAUUGCGGAGCAUCUGUCUCACAGACCAACACGUCCAUGAAAACUAUGAAAAGACAGAAGCUCUAGUGAAUGAGAAGUUAUAGCACUACUCUGAAUAUUCUAA